GAGCACUUCUUUUUUGCGUAUUUCUUUUCAGUGCAUUUUUUUUGCUUUCGCUUAUUAUUUUUAUACACAACUCACACAUCUCAACCCUCGCGAUAGUGACUACACAACAAUUUCUCCACCUUUUUUCAGUUCGUCCGUUUUCGUUUUUUUGUUUUUUAAACCUCAAAAACUUCUCAAUUUUUAAAAACGUUCUUAGUGCAAAUGUAAUUUGUUAAAACGGAAACCAGUGACCGCCAAACAAUUCGAUCGUUUCGCCAGUGACCACCAAACUGGAGGGACGCGUGGAGUACCGCACCGGGGGCCUGGACUUCCAGUCGGCCCCCGUUCACCUGGAGAACACGAAUUAUUCCCACCUGCAGAGGUCCAUCGACAGUCUGCGCUCCCUUGGCGAUCGUUUGGGCGAGCGGAACGUGGACCUACGUUUGAAUUUGCACAACGAGCGGAACGGCUUGAACACCUCGGCCUCGACCAAUCACCUGGGCCUUAAUCGGACGUUUAACGAUCGCGAUUUCUUACAAAAUCGCCCCCAGGAGCGGAACGUCGUCAAUUACGAUCGGAUUAUGGGCGAACCGCGCGGUUUCAACGAUCGAAUCGGCUUCGACAGGAGCGUGACGGCGGAACGAUUGAAUUUGGAACGUUCCCUCCUGGCCCAAAACGCAAACAGGGUAUUAUCGGAUCGAAAUAACAUUAACGCUAACAAUAAUGGAAUGAAUGCGGAUCGAAACGGGGCGGAACGUCUUCGGACCGGCCUGGACAUGCGAGAAUUGAACAACGACGCGCGACAAAAUAUGAACGAGGCGACCAAGUUUCGGGAUUAUAAAGCACAUUUGGACAGUUUGCGAAACAUGGAAAGUUCAAGGUCGCUCGAGGGGAAGAACGACGAGGAGCAGGGGACGCCGUCGUCGCCUUCAACGCCGCUUUCGGUGGGAGAGGGCUUUCCCGAGGAAAAGCCCAAUCAAAUGGUCAGGACGAAUUGCGUGUUCGGUUCAAAAGCUGAGUUGCAGCUGCACACGCAGGCGCAUAUGCGAGAAUCCAAACCGUACAAGUGUUCCCAGUGCUGUAAAGCUUUCGCCAACAGUUCCUAUUUAUCUCAACACACUAGGAUCCAUUUAGGUAUAAAACCGUACCGUUGCGAGAUCUGCCAAAGGAAGUUUACGCAACUGUCACACCUACAACAACACAUACGAACCCAUACGGGUGACAAGCCGUACAAAUGUCGACAUCCGGGUUGCCAAAAAGCGUUCUCACAGUUAAGUAAUCUGCAAUCACAUUCACGCUGCCAUCAAACCGAUAAGCCAUACAAGUGCAACUCGUGCUAUAAAUGCUUUAGCGACGAGCCCUCGCUGCUCGAACACAUUCCAAAACACAAGGAGAGCAAGCACCUGAAGACGCACAUAUGUCAGUAUUGUGGGAAGAGUUACACUCAGGAGACGUACCUUCAGAAACACAUGCAGAAGCAUGCGGAACGUACAGACAAACGGCCACCAAUUGGUCACACUUUGGGUUUAAACCAUCGAGGUCUGGAUCACCCGUACUGGCCCAAAGUAAGUCCGGACAGCGCCGAGAACAUCCACGACUAUCCGACGGACAUUCCGCGCCAGAUCCUGGAGCAGAACGAAGACCUAGUGAUAAUACGGCAGCAGCUCGGCCAGAAUCCGCCGGCGCCGCCUAGCACGCCUAACCCGAACCUCUCCAACUCGUACGACACGACGAUCACCAAGACGAACGCGAACUCGGCGUUCACGCCGAUCAGCUCGAUGUCCGGCCACCUCAAUCACCUCAACCACCAGCUCGCGCCGAACCGGCCGUACCUCUACGACGCGAUCAGCUUUCCGAAACAGAACAGCCUCGAUCUACCAAAAACCCAGCCGACCAACGGCUUCCCGAACCAGCUGAUCUCCCUGCACCAAAUCCGAAACUACGCCCAUCAGCCUAAUACGAGUUUAAUGGAACAUUCUUUAUUGGGAGGUCUUAAAGAUAAGUAAAUUAAUGUUCACAUUUUCAUUGUUGUGUAUAAUUCAGUGUAUUGUACUCACAGCGCGUGCGCAUUUACUGUGCGAUUCAAAAUCUUGGUUUUCUUUGCGACACAUUUUCCGAGUUUUUCGCACACACAGUAAAUGUCACCCUGUGCGCGUGAACUUUUCGGACGGUUGACGAGGCGGAGACGAACGUUUAAAGACAAUUUCGAGUAACCCAGGGGGGGGGAGAAGGAAAGAAUUAGCAAUUUCGUUUCGGUGGGCAAACUUAAAAGAGAAAAGCGCGGGCGCGCCCCUCUUCACUCAAUCAAGAGCCCAGUUUCGAUAGUACUUAAGCUUUCAGUUUUGUUCGUGCGCGUGCGCGCGCGCCGUUGCCAAAUUUGCCCACCGAAAACUAGUAAACAAAGGCUCAAUUUUUUUAUUUGAAUUUGUAUUUAUUUUGUAAUAUUCUUUUUUGAAGGUUGGUCUGUAUAAAAGUUUAUUGUAAAUGUAAAGAAAUCUCAGUAUGUGAUUUAAAAUAUUGUUUAGUGGUAGCUCAAUUUUUAUUUAUUUUUUUAUAACGGUAGGACUUAUACCGGGUUGCCCUGGCACGUCUCGUUCCGGCUGAACUGUGUGCAAUAGUCCGUAAAUCGGAUCGGGCGUGGAUUGGAGGCGUAUGCGAGGGCCACCCUGUAUAACUAGAAAGUUUCCCCAGUGUCUUUCAAAGUAGGAAUUUUAUUAUUUUCUGUUUUUGAGUUGGUACAAAUUAUUGAAAUUUUCAGACUAUUUAUAAGAGGAAGUAUGAGACUUGCGCUCUCAUUACGUUACAGUUACGUUGCAUAUCUACGUUUAAGUAUACGUUUGUGUACGUCCUGAUGUUGACAUCAACCAAUCGCAAUGUUGUAUUUGUUGUUACGUUAUGUUAACGUUCACAACUUUAUUAUAAGUUUUGUACUAGCUUUAAUUUUUUUGUAUUGAUGUUAAGUUUACUGAGACCUUAGCAAUUAUUAUGUAAGUGGUUCAGACGGCCACCCUUUAUACAAAGAAGCAUUAAUGUUAAGUUUUUGAAAAAAAAUGCUUGUGAUCAAAUCUUAAAGAAAGAGUAAUAAUUAUGUUGUACGUAUUUAUAAGAAGAUAUCGGUUUUUUUUGUUGCAUAUUUACUUAAAAAAUAAAAAAGAAUAUUGAUUU